GGAAGCGCCGGGCUGGGGCCCAGCAGGUGUGGGGUUAAGCCCGUUCGGGGGCCCCGGGAGCGGCGGCGGCAGCAGCGGCAGCCGCAACUGCACCAGCAGCGGUGGCGGCAGCUCUGGCCCCGGGCCAGCUGGCCGGGAGCCCCAGGAGGCAGGGAGGGCGGAGGAAGGGGAGGAAGAGGGGAAGGAGGAGAAGGAGGACAGGAGCAGUCAGCAGGCCCGAGGAGGCAGGACUUCCUGGUGUGGGGGUUGUCAACAGCCCGGAGAGAGAAAGGCGGAGAGACCGGAGCGAGAGGCGCUGAGGAGCGGAGAGAGACCCAGCCGAGCCACGCGGGGGAGAUCUGGGAGACCCACUCGCCCCAGCCACCCAGGCGGCUCCACCUGGAGGAUCCGGUGGGGGGGGCGCGGUGCAGAGCCGCCUCUUCCGCACGGGUCCGGAGACCCUCGGGGCUUCAGAGGCCGCGCGGGGCUCCGCGGAGGAGCGGAGGUGCCGUCUUUUCCGGAGAGCAAACUUUUUACGGAGAUGCCUUCCGGGGCGAAGUGCGGCCCCCGAAGAGAACCGGACAGCCUCUGAUCGCCCGCUGCGCCCCCCACGCUGCUGGGGCCAAGAGGCCCCAGGGGAAGGACAGCCCGACGUCUUAGGCGGCCGGGACCCCCGGCCCAGCUCGGUGGCCGAGGCCGAGAGUUUGCAAACUCAGCUCUGGAGUUGGGCAGCACCAGCGGCAGGAAAAACCUGCCCCUGCCCCCACCUCCGCCGCCUCCCCUGCCUUGUGCUCCCUUCACCAACCAGGCACCCCCAGUUCCUGCAAGGCCCUCCUGCCAUGUCGGACUCAGAUGUCCCCAGGGGCCCUGAUGCCCCCGCCAUGUGGCCCCCCUGUUCCAGGGGUGCCUGAGCCCUUUCGAGGAGCCCCAGCUGCACCCCCCGCCCACCUUGGCCGUAUCCUGAGCCCCAGGGACCAUGAGUGGGGGCAAGAAGAAGAGUAGUUUCCAAAUCACCAGCGUCACCACGGACUAUGAGGGCCCAGGGAGCCCAGGGGCUUCUGAACCCCCUGCCCUGCCGGCCCCCACCGGGCCCCCACCCCGUCUGCCUAACGGGGAGCCCAACCCCGAGCCAGGGGGCAAGAGCACCCCCCGGAACGGCUCCCCACCGCCUGGGGCCCCCGCCUCCCGUUUCCGGGUGGUAAAGCUGCCCCACGGCCUGGGAGAGCCUUAUCGCCGAGGCCGUUGGACGUGUGUGGAUGUUUACGAGAGAGACCUGGAGACCCCCGGCUUCAGCCGGCUCUUGGAGGGAGUUCGAGGGGCCUCAGGAGGCACUGGGGGCAGGUCUUUGGAUUCCAGGUUGGAGCUGGCCAGCCUGGGCCUUGGUGCCCCGACCCCGCAGCCUGGCCUGUCCCAGGGCCCCACCUCCUGGCUCCGUCCGCCCCCCUCUUCCCCUGGACCUCAAGCCCGCUCCUUCACCGGGGGGCUGGGCCAGCUGGCCGAGCCUGGCAAGGCCAAGGGGGAGACACCCCCGCUGUCAGCCUCCCCACCCCAGCAGCGCCCCCCAGAGCCCAGGACUGGGGAGAGCGCAGGCACGUCCAGGGCUGCCACGCCCCUGCCCUCCCUGAGGGUGGAAGCGGAGGCGGGGGGCUCGGCGUCGGGGACCCCUCCACUGUCCCGAUCAAAGGAUGGCGCCCUGCGGCUGAGAAUGGAGUUGGCUGCUCCAGAGGAGAUGGGGCAGCCGCCCAUUCCAGCCCCAUCUGCAGCCCUGUCCAAGUCCGAUGUCUCCAAGGACCUGAGGAAUUGGGUGCCCCCGCUCGACUCCCGCCCUGGCUCCCCAGCCCUCUACUUGUUCUCUGACGCCAGUCUGGUUCGCAAGUCUCCAGACCCUUUUGGAGCAGCGGCAGCCCAGAGUCUGGCCCGUUCCAUGCUGGCCAUCAGUGGCCACCUGGACAGCGACGAUGAUAGCGGCUCCGGAAGCCUGGUUGGCAUUGACAACAAGAUCGAACAAGCCAUGGACUUGGUGAAGUCCCACCUCAUGUUUGCGGUCCGGGAGGAGGUGGAGGUCCUGAAGGAGCAGAUCCGCGACCUGGCUGAGCGGAAUGCUGCGCUGGAGCAGGAGAACGGGCUGCUGCGUGCCCUGGCCAGCCCCGAGCAGCUGGCCCAGCUGCCCUCCUCGGGAGUCCCGCGGCUUGGGCCCCCUGCACCCAAUGGGCCCUCCGUCUGAGCCUCCCUUCCCUCACAAUGUGCCUUUGGGGGCUCCCACAGCUGCCAGGCCUUGGGCCAGCUGCCUGCCUGCCCCCUCUUCCUAUGCAGCUUUAAUUAAUGCCUCCUGAUCCCUGGGGAUGGGAGUUGAAGGCUCAGAAUUGGCCUGCCCCCCACCCCCACUCCUCCUCAAUCUCCCCCUGGUGCCCAGGGACUGGGCUGUGGCAUCCCCAGGCCUUGGAGGACGGAGGGCGGGCUUCGGGAUGGGGUGUUAGAUGGAGCCCUCCUCCUCCCUCCCGAGGUGUCCGUGUUCUGGGGCCCCUGGCCGUAGGGGGACUGGGGGAGUCAGGAGUCUCCCUGGCAGACACCCCAUCCCCACCUUGUUCCCUCAGAGUACCCCCUUCUCGGCCCAGGGGAGGGAGUGUGGACAGUCUGCAAGUUCUGGGAUUCAGGUUGUUAUUAAAAUAAUAAUUAUAAUUAAAAAAUCCGAAGAAACUUGAA